AUGUUCUCUGGCGCUCUUUCUCAGACACCUUGUGAACUUCCGGCAGCCAGCCUGUGGCGCCAUUGCAUCUUCUCACUGAUGCUGGGGGUCCAGAUAAUGCCCUUGCCAAAGCAACUGAUGCUGAGUAGACUGAGGCUGAAAGUCAGACUCAUGGGUCCUUUGCGGCAUCCGAGAAGCUCUGUCUUGAGAUGUCAGAACCUGAGAACUCAUGUCAGGUUUCGCCUUCUGCCUCUGCCUGGGCCAGCUGCGCCAGACAUGAAGGAAAAGCUGCAAAAGCUACAGGACUGUGCCUGUGCUUUGUAA